AUGCCAGCACAGUCAAAUACUUCAGCACCUACCCCAGAGGAGGGUGCGGGCAGCCCCUCCGCCCCCGGAUCGCCCCAACCUAGGACUGACGAGAAGCGCGAGACCAAGCCACUGCAUAAAGAUAAUCCCGAGGAUCAAGACACAUCCGAACAGCAAAAAAAGGAAGAGGAAGAGGAGGAUGAUGGAGAGGAGACAGGAUCACAACCAAGCGAGGACAAGGAAGACGACCAGGCCUCUGCGCCACCUUUGCCCGAUGAGGUCCCACCACCGCUCCCCGACGAGGCGCCCCCGGGCCCGGCCGAGGACGAUGGCUGGGAACCUGUGUGGGACAACAACGCCCAGGCAUACUACUUCUACAACCGGUUCACCGGAGUCUCGCAGUGGGACAACCCUCGAGUGCCUAACGCGGCGGGCUCCGACGCGCCGACGCCCGCACCCAAACCCAAAGCCCCCGCUGUUGGCGGCUACAACCCGGCCAUACACGGCGACUAUGAUCCGAACGCCCCCUAUGCGCAGCAGUACGAAGAGCAGGCCCAACCGGACUCAAGUGCCACCGGGCUGGACCCGUCGGCAGCAUACGCCGCCACCGGCUCGUUCAACCGGUUCACGGGCCGAUGGCAGGCUACCGAUAUCAAUCCCGACAACUAUUCCGACCAGAACAAGGCCCAUCGCCAGAUGAACGCGUUUUUCGAUGUCGACUCCGCGGCCAACACCCACGACGGCCGCAGUCUCCGCGCAGAACGUAGCGCCAAGAAACUCAGCAAGAAAGAGCUGAAGAUGUUUAAGGAGAAGCGCCGCGAAAAGAAGGAAGAGAAACGCCGGGCUUGGUUACGGGAUUGA